CAGUGGGUGGGAGGUACUUCAGUGGAGAAGAUGGCGGCGCUGGGGAGGGCGCUGCGGGCUCUGCGGGUCGGAGUGCGCGGCCGCUCGGCGGGGCCGUCCGGGGCCGUGAUGGUGCCGCCGGCGCCGCUGGGGGCCGAACCCCACCAUGAGGAGCCAAUGGCAUUAGCCCAAAAGAAGAACCCCGAUUACCACGGCUUCUCGGAGGACCCUGAUGUGGACGUUCUCAACAUGCGAGCCGUCUUCUUUACCGGCAUCUCUCUCGCCAUCGUCCUUGGCAGCGUGUUCCUCCAUUACCUGCCUGACUAUGGGCUGCAGCAGUGGGCCCGGCGUGAGGCCGAGCUGCAGGUGCGGGAGCGGGAGCGGCGGGGGCUGCCGCUGCUCGACUCCAACUACUAUGACCCUGCGCGCCUGGCCCUGCCCCCCCCCGAGUGAGUCAGGGCACCUGGGCCCCCCCCACGGAUGCCUGAGGCCCCUUCUGGGGGGGGUGCAGGUGCCCCCACUGUGAGGCUGUUAAUAAAGUGAUGGGGUCUCAGCUGGA